AUGGCCAUCCCUAGGCAAGCCAUGGAAAUAGAUUCUGGAGAAAAGCGUCUCAAUGAGCUUGGAUACAAGCAAGAGCUCAAGAGAGAAAUGAGCCUUUUCAAGACAAUGGCAAUAACAUUCUCUUGCAUGGCAGUUUUCACUGGUACACCCUUGUAUGGUCAAAGUUUGCUAUAUGCUGGUCCUGCUCCCUUGUUAUGGGGAUGGGUGGUUGUCUCCUUCUUCACCUGGUUUGUUGGACUUGCUAUGUCUGAAAUUUGCUCUUCUUUUCCGACCACUGGCUCCCUCUACUUCUGGGCUGCACAUUUGGCUGGACCACGCUGGGGGCCAUUUGCAUCAUGGUGCUGUGCUUGGCUCGAGACUAUUGGUCUUGUUUCUGGCAUAGGUGCUCAGGCAUAUUCUGGAGCACAAGCAUUGCAAAUAAUCAUUCUUUUGUCCAGUGGAACGAACAAGGGUGGAGGAUACUUUGCUCCUAAAAGUGUAUUCCUGGGCAUAUAUGUAUUCUUCAUCCUCGUAUGGGCAGUAAUCAAUUCCUUUGCUCUCAAAGUAAUUGCCUACCUCAACAUAAUCUCUAUUUGGUGGCAGGUGAUUGGUGGUUUAGUGGUGAUUAUAAUGCUUCCUCUAGUGGCACAGACAAGACAACCAGCAUCUUAUGUGUUUUCUCAUUUUGAGUUGUCAUCUGAUUCAACUGGAAUAGGUAGUGCGCCCUAUGCAGUUAUAAUGGCUGUGCUCCUGAGCCAUUAUUGUUUAUAUGGCUAUGAUGCUGCUGCUCACUUGACUGAAGAAACAAAAGAAGCUGAUCGAACUGGACCUUUUGCCAUUCUUUCUUGCAUUGGUAUCAUUACAGUUUUUGGUUGGGCAUAUAAUGUUGCUCUUACCUUCAGCAUCCAGGAUUUUUCUUACCUAUAUGAUCCAAAUAAUGAGACUGCUGGAGCACUAGUACCAGCCCAGAUAAUUUAUGAUGCAUUCCAUGGAAGAUAUCACAAUGUUACUGGUGCAAUAGUGUUUCUCUGGAUUAUAUGGGGUUCCUUCUUCUUCUGUGGCCUGUCAGUUACAACUAGUGCUGCAAGAGUUAUAUAUGCGCUUUCAAGGGAUGAAGGAAUUCCGUUUUCACGAGUUUGGGUAAAACUCCACCCGCAGCAUAAGGUUCCAGUAAAUGCAGUGUGGCUUUCUGCAGCCAUAGCUAUCCUUCUUGGACUCCCCAUCCUCAAGCUUAACGUCAUCUUCAGCGCUAUAAUUUCCAUUAGCACGGUUGGCUGGGUGGGUAGUUAUGCUGUCCCCAUCUUCGCAAGAUUGGUAAUGGCUGAGGAGAAAUUCAAACCAGGACCCUUCUAUAUGGGCAGAGCAGGAAAGGUGGUGUUCUUGGUAGCCUUCUUGUGGAUAUGCUACACCUGCUCAAUCUUCCUAUUGCCAACUCUCUAUCCCAUUACAUGGAGUACUUUCAACUAUGCUCCCGUUGCUCUCUUUGUAGCCUUGACAUUGAUAAUGCUGUGGUGGGCUUUGGACGCCAGGAAAUGGUUCAAGGGACCUGUAAGAAACAUUGACAAGCAGAAUGGAGAUGUUUAGAGUUUACAUUAUUAUGUUAUUUUUUGAAUUCUUGUCAUUGGCAAAAGGCAGUAGAGUAAAGUUCAAGUAAAUUUUUUUACCUCCUGAAAGAUAUAUUGUUAUUCAUGAAAGGAAUCUAAUGCAUAGAAAAAAGAGAUGACUUAAUGUUAAUUUCAUUGCAAAAGGUAAUGUAG